AUGGUUUCUUUCAACGGCUUCAAUCCGGACACUGAUGUGCCCGACCUCUCAGGAAAAGUCAUUCUCGUAACCGGCGGAACAUCCGGUCUCGGCAGAUCCGCCAUCCUCACGCUCUGCGCCCACAAGCCCUCCCAUGUCUACUUCACCGGCCGCAGCUCCAACGGCGCUACAUCCCUCAUCGCCGCCAUUUCUCCCAUUCCUGCCACCUUCCUCGAAUGCGACCUUACAUCCAUCGCCAGCAUACGCAGCGCAGCCAAGCGCUUCGUACAUGAUCGUCUGGAUGUGUUCAUCGCCAACGCGGGGAUCAUGGCUGUUGAUGGCAUCACGCAAGAUGGGCUGGAGCUCCAGUUUGGCGUGAACCAUGUUGGCAACGCGACGCUGCUCAUGGCCCUUUUGCCGGUUAUGCUAAGGACGGCUGAGCAGGGACGUGACGUGAGGUUUGUUAGUGUUACCUCUCUUGGAUACGCAGGGCAUCCGAAGAAUGGUAUCGACUUUGAGACGUUGCAUUCUGGGCAGGAACACAUAUCCUUCGGAACAUUCGGCCGCUACGGACAGAGCAAACUCGCCAACAUCGUUUUCGCGAAGGAGCUGCAGAGACGGUAUCCGAGUAUCACGAGCGUGGUCGUCCAUCCAGGUGUGAUUGCCACGGGGUUGGUCACAGAAUUGUCGUUUUGGAAGAGGAUGCUUGUGUAUGUGACGAACCCGCGGAUGAUGACGGUUGAGCAGGGGGGGUACAACUCUGUGUGGGCUGCGACAUCUGAUGUGAAGAAGGAUGACAAGAUAGCGUUCUAUGAGCCGGUUGGGAAGGGAAAUGCAGGUGAUGCGAUGUGUUUCGAUGAGAAGUUGGGCAAGAGGUUGUGGGAAUGGACAGAAGAGAAGAUUGAGAGUGUGAAGUAG